AUGUCGGAAAACUAUGGCAGCUACCAGACCGAAAUCUAUGGCAAGGGUGCCCUUAUGGGCAUCACGCCCACCGUCACUACCGACCCCCGGCUGCUGGAGGAGCAGGCUAAGCGGGCGUUGGGGACCCGGGCCUUUAACUAUGUAGCCGGCGGCGCGGGCGAGAAAGCGACGAUGGAUGCCAAUCGGCUUGCUUUUCGUCAAUGGAAGAUAAUCCCGCGCAUGAUGCGAAGCAUGAACGGUCAAGAUGUUUCGGUCGAGCUGUUCGGUCAGAAAUAUGACAACCCGGUGAUCAUGGCACCGAUUGGUGUGCAGGGCAUUUUUCACGAGGAUAGGGAAACCGGCCUGGCAGCAGUCUGCGCCGAAGAGGGAGUACCCUACACCAUGAGCACGGCCAGCACCUGUUCCAUUGAAGAUGUGGCUACCGCUAGUGGAGAUGGCAAGAGAUGGUAUCAGCUUUACUGGCCGCAUGACAACAAUAUCACGCUGUCGCUGUUGAACCGGGCCAAGGCCAAUGGAUUCUCAGUUCUUGUUAUUACGCUAGACACCUGGGCUCUAGCGUGGCGACCGGCCGAUCUGGAUAAUGCCUACGUCCCUUUCAUUAAGGGAAUUGGGUGUGAGGUCGGUUUUAGUGACCCGGUCUUCCGUGCCAAGUUCGAGAAAGAGUCUGGAUCUAAGAUUGAGGAUGAUAUCAUGGGUGCGUCGCGGGCCUGGCUGGGAGAGAUUUUCGCGAGUGACCCACACACCUGGGAGGACGUUGCUUUUGUUCGGAAACACUGGGAUGGCCCGAUUGUCUUGAAGGGUAUCCAGCAUGUGGAAGACGCCAAGAUGGCGCUGGCGUGCGGUUGCGAUGGUAUUGCGGUUUCUAACCACGGAGGCCGCCAGGUCGAUGGAGCCAUCGGCUCCCUGGACGUUCUCCCGGAAAUAGUCGACGCAGUCGGCGAUAAGAUGACGGUCUUGUUUGACUCGGGCAUUCGGACGGGCGUGGAUAUCAUCAAGGCACUGUGUCUAGGGGCCAAGGCCGUUCUGGUUGGUCGGCCGAUCAUCUACGGUCUCGGUAUCAAUGGACGCGACGGCGCACGACAGAUUCUGAAGGGCCUGCUGGCGGAUUUCUGGCAGAGCAUGGGUCUAUCGGGGAUCCGGACUGUGAGCGACUGCAACCGCGAGAUGAUCCGCAAGGUGCAGCAUGCAGGAGACAUGAAGGCAAUGAUGUGA